UCAGGGGAGGGGGGAGGGGACGCGAUGGGGCGGCAUUGGGUAUGUGCCACCACCUCUCCUUCUCUCUCUCCCUCGCCCUCGCCCUCUCCCUCUUUUUUGGCAGCGUCCGGGACAAACUCAGAGCCUAGCUAUGUAAAGUAAAAAAACACACGCACACAUACACACGAGAAACAGAGGAUUGCUCCCCCUGAGGAGUUGGACCGGACAUCGCAGCAGAUAGUUAGCUCGAGGUUAGCAGGGACUCCUAGCUUCACUCUCCAACCAUCUGCCAGCGUAAGGAGUGAUCAUCGGGACUGAGCCGGCCAUGGGGUCUUAGGACGGUGUAUUCCUGUUGUCUGCCAUUCAGUCUUAAUGGUGAAACAAAGGGUUGGUUCUCAUCCUGUUGCCGUGGUGAAGAUGCCAUGGUUACCAGCUCUUUGGUAGAGACUUCUAUUUUUAUCAUCAACUUCCUGGACUGAUGUAGAAGCGGUGGUGGUUGUGAGGGUGCCCGCGGUCGGUGGUGGAGGUAACACAGGACCCAUUGAAGCACAAUGUCGGGCAGUCAGGUGGGGACCCAGGGAGGGGUCUACAACUACUUCCUCAACAUGGUAGCCUAUCAGGUAUGCUGCUGCUGUGGGCCGGCGCCAUGCUCCCUGUGCUGCUCCUUCUGCCCCCCCGUCAGGUCCUCGUCCACCACGCGGGUCAUGUACACCCUGUUCCACAUCCUGGCCUGCGCUGUCUCCUGCCUCAUGCUCUCCCGCAACGUCUCCGAGCUCGUCAGGGAAAAUGUGCCUUUCUUCAACAUGGUGUGUGACCAGGCCCACGGCGGGGGCCACUGUGAGAUGCUGGUGGGCUACUCCGCCGUGUACCGCGUGUGCUUCGGCACUGCCUGCUUCUACCUGAUGAUGGCCGUCUUCCUCAUCGACGUCAAGUCCAGCCAGGACUUCAGAGCGCUCAUACACAACGGGUUCUGGUUUCUGAAGUUCAUCACCCCUGCUGGGAAUGUGCACUGCUGCCUUCUUCAUCCCGACAGAGUCCUUCCUGCACGGUAAGCAACACCUGUUCAAUUAAUCAAUCAUCAUUAAUUAUUAGUCAUUAAUCAUUGAUCAAUUUACCUUGGGAAGUAACACUCUCUAACCUUACUUUUAAUUAACUCCACAGCUUUUUUUACUUGCGUGAGUUGUUUUGAUUCAAGCCGCAUUGCACUCCGGCUGUCGUUGGGAUUAGGACACGCAUAGUGGUAGAAGUGCUGAGUCUAAGGGGUGACCUUCCCCAGUUCCCCUCCUAGGGGGCAGUGUUGAACCAGUUAUGGGAGAGGCCCCGAGAGACAGCUCCUUUGCCAUGAUGAGUAACUCUCUGGCUGGGCUUCAGCUGUGUUCGGGAAAGCAAAUCCGUUGCAUGCAAACAUGUGUUGAUGUUGUCAA